GAGAUUCACUGGCGCUACUCUCGCGAUACGUCCUCAGUGGGUCGCGGAGCAGUAUGGCAGCCGUCGCGCUGAGGUCCUGCCGCAGAGGACUUUCACACAUAUUAAGUAAUGGAGGGCUCGCAGCUUUGUCUUCAAAGCGUCUGGAAGGAGACAGGAGACACAAGUCCACAGUCCAGUAUGCUUCACGACCAGACCUCCCAAAGCUGGCCUACAGAAGAGUGAAGGGGAAGAGUCCAGGUGUGGUCUUCCUCCCUGGAUAUGGGUCCAACAUGAAUGGGCAGAAAGCCGAGUCACUGGAGGAGUUUUGUAGGUCACUAGGACACUCAUACCUUAGGUUUGACUACACAGGACAUGGGGCCUCGGAGGGGGUGCUAGCAGAAGGAACUAUCGGUACCUGGAAAAAAGAUGUUCUUUUCGUUUUGGACGAGUUAGCAGAGGGGCCACAGGUAAAUAUUACUUAUGGUCAUGUCCCUUUGCAAGUUACUGGUGGUUAGUAAUCAAUAAAGUAA